AUGAUCGCUCCAUGGAAUUUCCCUGCAGCUAUGAUUGCAAGAAAAGUAGCGCCAGCUAUUGCUGUUGGCUGCACGGUGGUUAUUAAGCCAGCAGCAUUAACCCCUCUUUCCGCUCUGGCCUUGGCGAAACUCGCGGACGAAGCUGGCAUCCCUGCGGGAGUAGUGAAUGUUCUACCGACGAGCGAGGAACUCACGGCCACUGUCGGAGAGACUAUUUGUCGCAGCCCCAAGGUCACAGCGCUUAGCUUUACCGGGUCCACAAGAGUCGGCAAGCUGUUGCUAAGCCAAUGCGCUGGAACAGUUAAGAAAUGUUCCAUGGAACUUGGAGGACAGGCACCAUUUAUUGUUUUCCCUUCGGCCGAUUUGGACAAAGCCGUCGCAGGCCUAAUGGCUUCCAAAUUCAGGAACACCGGGCAAACCUGUGUUUGCUCCAACAACAUCAUGGUCCAUGAGGACGUUCACGACCAGUUUGUUGCUAAACUCGUCGAAGCUGUCAAGAAGGAGCUCAAAUUUGGCGAUAUCUUGAACGGGGCCACCAUGGGACCAAUGAUCAACCAGAUGGGCGUUGACAAGGUCAAACGACAUCUUGAAGACGCGCUGGAGAAAGGAGCGAAGCUAGAAAUCGGUGGCGGAUCACUUGGCGGACUGUACUUAGAACCAACUGUAGUGAGCAAUGUUUCGUGGGAGUCACUUUGCUUCAAAGAAGAGACAUUUGGACCCCUGGCUGCGAUUGGAAAAUUUAAGGAAGAAGAAACAGUUAUUGAUUUCUUGAAUACGUCACGUGUUGGUCUAGCUGGGUAUUUCUUCAGCAGAGAUGCUGGACAGGUGUGGCGAGUCGCAGAGGCUCUCGAAGUCGGCAUGGUAGGAGCGAACACAGGAAUGCUCAGUUGCUGCGAGGCUCCAUUCGGAGGAGUCAAAGAAUCCGGUCUAGGACGAGAAGGAGCACUGAUCGGAAGCGAAGAGUUUUUAGAAACUAAGUACAUAUGCUUUGCCGACUGUUAA